AUGAAAGUAAAAUGGUGUACAAUCUCCUCUUUCAUGUCCACUUAUCUUAUUGUUCCCACUAUCAUUGUUUUGUUACUGUGUGGAUCAAUGGAAAAAUAUAGUGAAACGAUUAUAACUUCCUCUUAUGGAAUUCAUGAAUUGAACAACUCAGUAGAGUGUAUAUCAAAGCUUUUAUCAGUUAGUAUUGUCAAUAAUCGAUUUUUAAUGACAAACAAAAAAGGUAAUCAAUAA